UGGGUCUGCAAGGUCGUACUGGCUUCUGGGCUCGGCGACGGAGCCAUGGCGAUUAAGAAGGCGUGCGAGUCGUUCUCAAAGAGCUUGAUCGACGAGGUGCAGAGAUGGGGCUGUAUGAAGCAGACGGGGGUGAGCCUCAGGUACAUGAUGGACUUCGGGUCCCGGCCCACGCAGCGGAAUUUCAUAAUCUCGGCGCAGUUUCUGCACAAGGAGCUCCCCAUUCGGAUUGCCAGGCGGGCGACUGAGCUCGAGAGCCUCCCUUACGGCUUGUCUGAGAAACCUGCCGUCUUGAAGGUACGGGACUGGUAUUUGGAUUCCUUCCGUGAUCUUAGAACCUUUCCUGAUAUCAAGGAUGCUAAAGAUGAGAAGGAUUUUACACAAAUGAUUAAGGCGAUUAAGGUGAGACACAACAAUGUUGUCCCGAUGAUGGCUUUGGGUGUUCAGCAGUUGAAGAAAGAGAAGAUUCUACAUGACGGUCUUGAUGAGAUUCACCAAUUUUUGGAUCGCUUCUACUUGUCAAGAAUUGGGAUUCGCAUGCUUAUUGGCCAGCAUGUUGAGUUGCACAAUCCUAAUCCCCCUCCUCAUUGCGUGGGUUAUAUCGAUACAAAGACAUCUCCCAUGGAGGUAGCACAAAAUGCCACUGAGGAUGCCCGCUCAAUCUGCCUACGUGAGUAUGGCAGCGCACCUAAUGUUACUAUCUAUGGGGAUCCCGAUUUUACAUUCCCGUAUGUUCCAACACACUUGCAUACUAUGGUCUUUGAGUUGGUUAAGAACUCCUUACGUGCUGUCCAAGAGCGUUUCAUGGACUCCGAUAAAGUUGCACCUCCUGUUAGAAUAAUAGUGGCUGAUGGAAUUGAGGAUGUCACUAUCAAGGUCUCGGAUGAGGGGGGUGGCAUACCAAGAAGUGGUCUCCCCAAGAUUUUUACGUAUCUUUACAGCACUGCCCGUAACCCUUUGGAUGAGCAUUCAGAUCUGUCGGACGCUGAUGCAGUUACAAUGGCUGGAUAUGGAUAUGGGCUUCCUAUUAGCCGCUUGUAUGCUAUGUACUUUGGAGGGGAUUUACAAAUGAUCUCUAUGGAAGGAUAUGGGACCGACGCGUAUCUGCAUCUGUCUCGCUUGGGAGAUUCUCAGGAGCCAUUGCCAUGAUGUGAUCUUGUGUUUCAACGUUGAUGACUACGAUACAGUUGAAUUCUUAAAUUAAUUCUGGGAGUGUUGCAAGUAAAAGGUGCCAUGUAUACACGUUUAUUGUCAAAUUGCUGUCAUUUUUUUUAUAUUUUUUCUAAUAGAAGUUGGCAGUCAUUCUUCUGUAUCUUCUGUGUGGUCUUGCCUCACCAGGUCGGAAAAUGAUAAACACACAACCUUUUUAGCA